UGCCUGCCGCCUUACGCUUCAUCACCACCCACGUACAAUGGCGAAUCCGCCCAACCAAGGACAACCUCGUCAUUAACGCUAUCCGAAACCACCCUAAUCCCUUAACUCAGGGCCGCGAAGAUUUAGCCCAUUAUUGAUCGAGCUAUACAAAGUACAAGCGUCAUGUCCUUCCUGCUUCCCUGGAAGCUUCGGUGUCCGGAUCGCGCGCCUCACGAUGAUUCCCUUCCGCCCUUCCCCGACCGCGUUUUAGACGAGAGUUCGGAACCACCGGUCUUUCAAGUUCCCCGCCGCCCGGUCGCAGCUGUGGUGAGGGAGCCCGCGCCCAGCUCCAAAUGCCUUGGGGACACGGAGAAGGAAUUGCCCGCGCCACCUGCGCGGUCGAAAUUCUAUGGGAUUGUAUUGCCGGGAUGGAUCGGCUUGCGAAAGGAACGGUAUUUUGGACUCCCGCGGCGGACAGCAAUAUUGGUUGCUGUGGGAUUACUACUGUUAUUGGCAUUGAUACUUGGGCUGAGCAUCGGGCUAACUACCGGGAGAAAAAAAUCGUAUACCCCUCCAAUACCCCUUUGCACGAUCAAUUUAUUAACCUUUUGUAGAAGCAAAGACACUACCACACCCCCAACCUCCGGCGCGCUCCAAACUGGCGAUGGGACAUUUUAUGAGCCCGGUCUCGGUGCCUGCGGCAUAGCCUCUACCUCCUCCGAGAGUAUAGUGGCCAUCUCUCACAUAAUCUUCGACGCGGCCCAGGUGGGCCCAAACCCGAACACCAACCCACUCUGUGGCCGCAAAAUCUGGGUCACCCGCGAAGCCACUCCUGGGAAAAACGUUACUGUAGAGGUAGAGGUUGUCGAUCGUUGCACUGGUUGCAAAGCUUCCGACUUGGAUUUCUCAUCGAGCGUCUUUGAAAAACUCGCCGACGAGUCGCUAGGAAGAGUUCUUGUUAGUUGGGCAUGGAUCGUUUGACUCUUUUUCGUUCCGACGCGGCGUUUGGUGCUUCUAGUAACAUUGGGCAUGCGAUCCACUGGGUCAAUAGGGGGGGGGGCUGUCGUUAGGUUUUCUUUGGUUUAUCUUGUCCAUUUUAUCGCUGUGGCUUUGGUGAAGGUUGGCUCCGGACGGUCUCUAUAUAUACUCUUUUGUUCAUUUUUUCUCUUUAUUGUCACUUCUAUUGUUUGUCAUACUACCUCUUCGGCAAGGGCAUUGUUUAUACGGCCUUUUCACUUUAUGAUAUUUGGUCGACCGUG